AUGGUUUUACGACGAAUGUUCCUUAAACCGUCGUUAAACCGUCGUAACACUGAUGAGGAUCAUACGUCUGCUAACCCCCGGAUUGGCUCCAGAUCCGAGGUACGAGAUUACUUAGAUAUGGCUCCUCGGGCAAAUAGGUUCCACUACCGACAGAUGGUAGAUCCAGACGGUAUGGCCCCGUCCACCUCAGCGACAGGGUCCGUCAUUCCGGAGUCCUCGGGAACACAACGAACGGUUUCGCAACCGGUCAUUGUACCACAGCCGGCACCGCCCCCACCACCACCAGCCGAACCAGCAGCCCCUGCACCAGCCGAACCAGCAGCCCCAGCACCAGCCGAACCAGCAGCCCCGAUACAGCCUAUACCCAAAACUGGCAUUGAGAAACUUCCGCACACGGACGUGUGGAGACGGCCUUCAAAGAGAAGGUCAAGUUUCGCCUCAACAACACCGUUUCUGACUGGAAGCGGAAGUGGGAGGUCGACGGUCGAAGAAAACGGGGGACAACUUCCUCCAAUGACGAAGGUCUUCGCCGGGACCCAUAAGAAGCGGAACGGCGAAUUCACGGAUCCUCGGGCGGAGGAUAUCUACAACGCUGCCUGUGCGGCGAUCGAGGAGCGGCAGACGCAACUCACUCAGCAAGCGCGUCCGACGUCUCCCGGAGGUUGCCCCUAA